GGCUUCUGGGCGAACUGGCGCCACGGCCGAUUCGACCCUGCGUGGCGCGGAAUCCGUGAAUUGCCUGCAGCCACGAGGGUGCAGGUGAUGGGGAUGGGUCGACGGAGGGAGUCCAGGUUCCUGGACUGGCGCUGCCAUACCCCAUGGACGUGAGUCUGGCGCGGCUCCUUCAGCGCUUGGUCCUCAUCCUGUCUUUGCCUGCCUUCCAGCUGGAUGGGGAGGAGGCUUUCCACCUAACACAUAUCCUUCCAGCUCAGGACAAAAAAGCUGCCUCCUCUAGCCCAUGGAAUCCAACCCCAGCUGCCGUCAGCAGCCCUCACCUACUGCUCCCCAUCCCUGCCAUCGUCAUCAUCGCUGUGGGCAUCUAUUUGUUGCUGCUGGGCCUAGUGCUACUGUUUAGGCACUGCCUGCUGGCCCAGGGCUGCUGCACAGAUUGCAGCUCCCCCUGCAGGAAGCAAGGUGACUUGGGGCCUCAAGACUGUUGCUGGACCUGUGCAGAAGCCUGUGACUUCCCUCUUCCUAGCCCAGCCCACUGCCUGGAUGCCUGCUGCCCCCAGCCCACCGAAGCUGGUUGGGCACCCCGCUGCCCUCGCUGCUGCCCAUUGUGCGACUGUGCCUGUGCAUGCCAACUUCCUGACUGUCAGAGCCUCAACUGUCUGUGCUUUGAGAUCAAGCUCCGAUGAAGACCCAGGGCCCCUGCCCUUUGGGGAGUGGACAGCCCCCAGGGCCCAUGUACCCUCCUCCCUAAGGGGUCUCAGGACACCUUUCUUCAGGCCACUGGAACCACAAAUGGCCUGUCCAGCUCACAGGCCUGGGAACUGGAACUGGCAGUGGAGGGCCUGGCUUCUAGCUAGGCUGGACUCUUGGCCAGCUGGGCCUCAGCUCCUUGGGAAG